AUGACUGACAACCCUCUGACCCUGUUCUGUCUUGUCGAUGGAGAGUCGACUUCUAACGCGUUUUCGAUCGAGAUUGACUCAAACAAGACAGUUGAUGGCCUCAAGGACCUCAUCAAGGCCAAGCAGAGUCCUGACUUUGACGACAUUGUUGCCAAGUCCCUCACGCUCUGGAGUGUCUCCAUCCCUGACGAUGACGACGACGACGAGAUCCCCAUUGUGCUUGACAAUGUCAACAACAAAGACAAGAAGAAACUCAGAGCGACGCGUGGCUUGUUAGAGGUCUUUCCAGACAAGCCGCCCAAGAACACCAUACAUGUCAUCGUCCAGCGCCCUCCUCAUGUCCAUGCACCUGUCCCUUCUCGAUCCUUGACUCCCCUUCCUGGCUCUCUUUCGGACGGUUCUCGUCCUAGCACACCGUUGUCUGGUGAUCUCAAGAUCGAACGUGCUACUAGAAAGACUGGAAGGCAUGCAAUCACAAGACCUUCCUGUAUUUGUGGAUGUGGGAAAACUCGUUCCGUGAUAGAGAUGCUCUGUCUUCAAUGGGGGUUCUACUUCAACGCGGCAAAGAGUGAUCUUGGAUCGAGCGAUCUCAGCCAACUUGCCGAUUUCAUUGACACCAAAACAAUGGAGGAACAAGGUCCAGGACAGAAUACUGCCUUUGCAAGGAACAUGACCCUGUUGCUUUUCCUCUCCCGACUCUUGGUCCUCAAAUACUGUCUGCGAGUCCCCGAUUGCCGCCAGACGUUUUCGAGCGCAAGCUGGGCCUUACUCCAGGUCUGUCCUCACAUGUUCCAAGACGUGUUCUCGGGAUUGUUUUCGAUACUCUAUGACAAGCUGGAAGGACUUACGAUAUUCGAGUCGGCAUUGAGGCCCAUCGUCCGACAGGAACUUCUUUCAGUGCGAGAGAGUCUUGCUGCUCAUGCCUAUCCCAAUUUCUCAAGCGAGUCCAAGUUGAGGCUGGUCGUGGACGAAGCCCAGGUUCUGAGCGACAAGGGCAGCACAAAAUUCCAGUCCUCUUACCUGGAGACCGAUCCGCGACCAAUGUUGAGCCCGGUUUUGAACGGUUUUCGAGGAGCUGGCGGUCGAAAUGAGCUUACGAUCAUCUACUGUACGCCACCGACACCAAACAUCGACAGGUCGUCACCCUGCACUCUCUAG